AUGUCUGUCCGUCGCGUAGACUCCAACCGAUCCCACAACUCGGAGCCCAAAGAGGAGCACCAAAAGAUCGAGCAUGCUCCGCAUCGCCAUGAGCCGGUCAAGCCGUCGCGCGUUUACACCGAGGCAGAAGAGAAGAAGCUGUAUAGGAAGAUUGACCUAAGGAUUCUGCCUAUCCUCUCUUUCCUUUACCUCUUGUCCUUCAUGGACCGAGGGAACAUCGGUAACGCCAGACUUCAAGGUCUCGAGGCCGACCUCCAGAUGACUGGAAACAUGUAUGCCAUCAGCUUGUCUGUGUACUUCAUCUCCUACGGUCUCUUCGAGGUACCUGCCAAUCUGGCCUUAAAGAAGCUCACACCUCGGACAUGGCUCGCCUUCAUCACUGUCUGCUGGGGUAUCGUCAUGACCUGUAUGGGCCUUGUGCAGAACUGGGCUGGCCUGGUCGCUGUUCGCCUGCUCCUCGGUAUCGCCGAAGCAGGUCUUUACCCUGGAGUCAUCUUUUACCUCUCCCUGUGGUAUCCCCGACAUCUAUAUCAAACUCGCGUUUCCAUCUUCUUCGCAUCCGCUACCAUCGCCGGCUCCUUCUCGGGUCUCCUCGCGUACGGUAUCGGAUUUAUGGACGGAGUUAGAGGCUACUCAGGAUGGCGCUGGAUCUUUAUACUGGAAGGCCUCUUGACCGUCGUGGCUGGCUUCUUCGCAUACUUUAUCAUUGUCGACUACCCGGAGACUGCCAAAUUUUUGACAGAGGACGAGAAGGCUUGGACUAUCUGGGUCAGGAGCAGCGACCAGGGGAAAUACGGAGAGGCCGACCACGUUACGUUCAAAUUCAUCAAGGAUGCCUUGUCGGACUGGCAGAUCCCUCUUUGUCUCUUGAACUACUUUGCUAUUGAUGUGGCACUUUACUCGGUCGCUCUGUUCAUGCCUACCAUCGUAAGUUUCGGCACAUACACCCGACCCCAAGUCCAGCUUUUGACUAUCCCGGUGUACGCAGUCGCCUGCGCUUGGGUCAUUAUCUGCGGUAUCUUGGCGGACCGUCACCGCUCGCGCGGGUUGUACAUGAUGAUCAACCUCGUUCUGAUCGGUAUCGGAUUUAUCAUCGAGAUCACACCGGCACCGUACGGCGUCAAAUACUUUGCGCUGUUCCUUGCAGCAUCCGGAGCCUACGCCGGCUUGCCCAAUGUAGUCUCGUGGCUCAGUAACAAUCUCGCAGGCCAGACCAAACGUGGUGUAGGAGUAGCCACCCAAAUCGGUGUUGGAAACUUUAUCGCCAUCGUCUCGUCCAACAUUUAUACGGCCGACUCCGCUCCGCGAUACAUCACUGGCCACGCUGUCAAUCUGGGAUUCUGCGCGCUAGGUCUCGUCACCGUGCCGACGUACGCCUUCCUCCUCCGCCGGGCGAACAAGCGCAAGGCCGCCAUCCUCGCCCUCCCCGAGGAGGAGCGACCCGUCUACACACCUGAAGAGGCGCGCGCAUUGGGUGACAAACACUACACCUUCAAAUACAUGAUCUGA